AUGCAGUUCUCCGUUGCCAUCACUUUCCUCUUCGCCGCUCUCGUCGCUUCCUCUCCCAUCGUUGCCGAGCGUGGCGUCACAUGCCAGAACCAGCAGACUCCUGCCUGCUGCAACGGGGGUUCCAUCUGUCUUAUCGGCUUGUGCAGCAACGUCAACAUCCUCGGCGGUAGCCAGAAGUGCUGCGGUGACUUCAAGCAGGGACCGCUCGGUAUCAUCGGUGUCAACUGUGUCAACGCUGUCUAG